AUGAAAGUCGCAUUUGCAUUUUCAGUGCUCGUCACCUCCGUCACUGCCCAACUCAGAAUCGUCGGAGGCAAGGAAGCCGCCGUUGGCAAGCACUUGUACGUGACAGGACUUCGCUCCUCCGCCUCUGGAAUUACCACCUGCGGAGGCAGUUUGAUCGCCCCCAACGUCGUCUUGACGGCCGCCCACUGCAUGAAAGUACGUGUCAACUAUGUGACGAUUGGAUCACACUACAACAGCGGCACCAUGGACGGUGAGCAGAUCAAGGUCAAACAAACGAUCAAACACCCCAAGUACAAUGAAACGACCUACUCGUACGACAUUGGCGUGUUGAUUUUGGAGCUCGACUCCAAGUUCCCAGCCGUGGAAGUGUCCUUCGACACUGUGGCAGCCGACACCACCACGGUUGUGCGUGGCUGGGGCACCACGUCUACGGGCGGGUCUACGUCCAAGGUCUUGAAGGAAGUCGGGAUGGAUACGAUCAACCAAGAACAGUGCAAUAAGUGGAUGUCUAACCGCGUCGAGACCAACAUGUUGUGCUGCGGCGGCAAGGAGGGAGAAGAUGCGUGCCAAGGUGACUCUGGUGGACCCUUGACGGUGGAAAUCGGCGGUUCUGAAAAAUUGGUGGGGGUGGUCAGCUGGGGGCUUAAGUGUGCAGAGAAAAACAAGCCAGGCGUGUACAGCCGAAUCUCCAUGUCUCGCGACUUCAUUGAGCCGUACCUCAAGAACUCCCCCACCUCGACCCCUGGUACCACCUCGGCCCCUGGCCCGACCAAACCUACCACCAUUCCUAACAUCACCACGAAGAAGCCCACGACUGCCUCCCCUGGUACCACCUCGGCCCCUGGCCCGACCAAACCUACCACCAUUCCUAACAUCACCACGAAGAAGCCCACGACUGCCUCCCCUGCGUGA